GAUUGCUGCUUGAGUUCCUCUUCCAAGAUGGCGACCGCUUCGAAAGCGCCUGAUACGAGGCAAGAACUUGCAGAUUUAGUAAAAAGACGCCAAGAACUCGCUGAAAGCUUGGCUAACUUGGAAAGGCAAAUAUAUGCCUUUGAAGGGAGCUAUUUAGAGGAUACUCAGCAAUAUGGUAAUAUUAUUCGUGGAUGGGAUAGACUUAUGACAAACAAGAGUACUUCAACAAAGUUGGAAAGAAAGCAUAGAAAAUUUAAGGAUGCAGAAAGAUUAUUCUCUAAAUCAUCAAUUACAUCGCAUGCAGCUGUUCAAAGAGGUGGAAUGGCGGAAGCUGAGCCCGAGAGAGUGCUUAGAGAAACAGCAGCAAAUUUGGAACCAUUGCAGCACAACCAUAUUGGAAAAGUACACAAAGCAUCCCAUAAGAAGAGGAAGAACAAGAAAAGGAUAGAAUUCCGGGUAAAGAAAGAAUCCCAACGAAUGGCAGAAAUGAGUGCUGGAGAGGAUGAUGACUGAAUUCUACAACACACCAAUGAAAAUAAAUGACCUUUGAAACACCUGGAGAAGAAUAUUGUUUUGAAAUUUGUCAACAUCCUGCAAGUUUUAACAUAUAGGUUUCAAUGUAUAUUUUAGCAGUAAUAUGUAGGAUUUAACUCUUUUUAUUUAAUUCUAUCGAAUCUACCUUUUGUAUAAAGUAAAUAAAUUGUAGCAUAUACAAAUUCAAUGAACGAGAACAAUUUUC